CGUCGCGAUGUUUUUCGAGGUUAGGUUCGGGUUCUAGUCAAUUCGGGUCGUUCAGGAGGGCGUUACGUUACAAUACAGUUGAUAUAAAUUCUAUCUUUCGAUGGUUUAUUAAUUACAAUUGUGAAAAGUGCUUCAAAUAUUUCUAUGUCCAAACCGCAUGCCGUUGUAAAAAUACGAGUUUUUUCAUCUUGUCAAACUGCAUGAUUGACCUUAAUGGAAGGCGGCGAUAACCUCGGCGAAGCUUCGAUGUUGCAUAAAUUAAAUGCUUAGGGAUACAACGGGUAAACGUAGACGAAGGAAUGAUCGAUCGGUUACAAACGCACAAAUAAUUCGUUCUGAGAAACGCUUGAACUUUGGAUGAGAAUGGAGGACCGUCCGGUACACUACUUUCUCUCAAGAAUCACCAUCUAGGGAUGUCACUAUGAGAGGAAAACUGAGCGCGUCGGACUUGGAACGUGGACUCGUUAAGCCGUACUCUGUUCCUUCCGUGUAUACAAGAAAAAAGUCUGGCUGCUCCCGAGGUGUUACCGUAGUCGCGGGAGUGAGGUCGGGUCGUGGAACUCUCCUGCGUACCCUCGUCCUCGUUUUUCUCGCGACCUUCCUCUGGCUCCAACUUCACGUGAUAAGUCUCACUGGAAGAAACUCGCAGAGUCAAUCGUCAGCGAACGAGUCUCUCUUCGCUCUCGUGCCUCAGGAACUUCACAGAUUCCUCAAAGAGCGAAGAAAUUCCUCGGCAGUGUCAAACGGAACGUCCGGCACCUUAACGGAUCUUGAAAUAAUUGAAAUAAGAAGAAACAUCAGCCGCCUUAAUUCGGAGCAGAGGGUCUACAACGACGACGCAUUCGGCCCUCUGUCGUCGGAUGCCCCGGUGAUCGUUGUGCAAGUUCACUCGAGACUCACUUAUCUGAGACACGUAAUCGUAUCCUUGGCACAGGCGAGAGGCAUCGAGCAGGCUUUACUCAUAUUCAGUCACGACGUAUGGCAUCCUGACAUCAAUGAUCUCAUUCAGAGCGUCGACUUUUGUCGGGUCAUGCAAAUAUUUUAUCCAUACAGUAUGCAGACCCAUCCCAACACUUUUCCUGGCGAGGAUCCGAACGAUUGUCCACGCAAUAUAGACAAACAACAAGCGGCCAACCUCAAGUGCAUCAAUGCCCAGCAUCCAGAUCUUUACGGGCACUACAGAGAAGCGAAGUUUACUCAGCCAAAGCAUCAUUGGUGGUGGAAGGCGAAUCGUGUAUUCGACCAGUUGGUGGUAACGCGGAAUCAUACGGGUAUGGUGCUUUUUCUAGAAGAGGAUCACUACGUAGCGGAGGAUUUUCUUCACGUUCUGAGGCUCAUGGAACGCACUGCAAAGCACAGCUGCCAACGUUGCAAUGUAUUAUCACUUGGGACAUAUCUCAAAACGUAUAAUUAUUACUCGGAUACCAGAAAGUAUCUCGGGGUCAACGGUGCUCUGCAAAAGGAGCUUUUACGAGGUCUGACGAGGCACGAUGGAUCAACCCAACAGGGUAGCGUUUCGACUUACCAGAACACCCAGACUGUUCAAGCAUCACCUUCAUGGGCUUUUCAACUUUUACCAAGCCUCUACAGUCACUAUCAGAAGGCUGAAGUGAUACCAUGGAUAUCCAGCAAACACAAUAUGGGCAUGGCUUUCAAUCGUAUUACGUGGAACAAAUUGAGAAAAUGUGCUUCGCAAUUUUGCUCAUACGACGAUUACAACUGGGACUGGAGCCUCCAACACGUGGCCCAAACAUGUCUUCCCCCGAGCAAAGGUGCAGGUGCUGUGCCUCGUCUCGAUUCCGGUCUUGUUACGAUGAUGAUGAGAGCACCUAGAGUUUUUCACAUUGGGGAAUGCGGUGUACAUCAUAAAAAGAAUAAUUGCGAAUCAACAGCGGUUAUCGCAAAAGUGCAAAACGUAUUGAAAACUGCACGACCUCAUCUAUUUCCGACGCAGUUGACGCUCACCAUAGCCGGAAUAGCAAAAAAGACGAAGCUCCGGAAAGGCAAUGGCGGCUGGGGCGAUAUUCGCGAUCACGAGCUUUGCUCGAACAUCACGAUAAACCCCGACUUCGCGUUGCCUUAAAAAUAAAUAAAUCAGCGAAACAAAUUCCUCUUCCGAAUGGGAAUCAGAAUGAGAGACAAAGAGUGAGAGAAGAAAAAAAAGAGAGAGAGAAAAUAGAUAAAAACUGUGAAAGAUUUCGUGAUAAUACGUAUGAUAAUGAUUAUAAACGAAAGACUAUUUAGAAUUAUAUAUUACAGAAGUUGAUUAGCUUGGAUCGCGUGUAACAAAACAAAAAACAAAAAAAUCCGAGAAGGCGUUAUAAUCGUAUUAGGAAAUAUAUCUCGUUGGUGCAUUAUUUGCUGACGUUAAUUUUCAGGGUUUGUUUUGAGAAAGAAGAAGAAUUUUAAGGAUGUUCGCAAGUAGUUGAGAGCUGAGCCUAAGUUGUAUAUCUAAAAAGAAGGGAAAGAAAAGAGCCCAUAACGACAUUGCCCACGUUCGUUAAACAUAACGGGGAGAGUAAUGAAAUCGUAUACAAGGAUUUAAAAAAAAAAUCGUUUUAACGAAUCGCUGGGCGAUUCUGUGACUGCUGCUAAGAACCAAAGGUUCAACGAGACUCAUUUGUUAUUUAAUUAUCGUAACUAUUAUAUAUUCGUAGAGUAAUGCAGAACGCCAUUACGAGGAUAACAGUAACAAAUACAUUUUGUGAAAAUGUCUGUUUCGUUUAUUGAUCUCGAUAAGGCGGACGCACACGAGCGAGUUACAAGUUAAGCACUGCAACUACUCGAGGUGUAAUGGAUGAAAGAAGAAAAAACGAGAUUGGACUCUGAUCUCGGUGGGACUAAUUAUAACUCAUAGUUUUAUGAAUAUGCUCAACGUUAAAACUUUUUUAAGCAUCACGAAAGAUAAAAUGAAACAUUUUUUUCACGCGAAAUCGAAGAGUGUUGAGUCGGACAAGACAAUUCGACGAUCUAAUUUCCAAGAUUUUUUCGAAUUGUAAAUUUGCUGAUGGUUAAUACUUAUUUAGCGGUGACAUUUGGAUUUUGAAAUAACAAGAUCUGAACGAUCAUGAUCCGAUUCCAGACCAGGAUCCCAAAUCACAACAUUUUUUCAUAUUUUUUUUUUCAAUCGAAUCUCGCUUUGCGGUAAAAAGGACUAAGCGCAACUCCCCCUUCCUUCGCUCCUUCAGAGUCGUUGAAACAGUGUGCAACAUUCAACACAAAAUUAUGGAAAAUAAAAAGCUUGAUCGAAACAAAAAAAUAACAACGCGCACAUAUUAAUCUAGUAAUACUGUAUAAUGUUAUUCAACGAAUUAAUGAGGUGACAAAAAAAUGGUAUUUUAAUCGUCCGAGCACUCGUGAUGCGCGAUCUCCAAAAAGAAAAAAAGAGCAUUAACCAUUUUUUUUGUCACGCUUAAGGAUUAUGGCCGUCCCAAAUUUUAUAACAUUGUUUCUUUUUGGAAAACAUUCCACAUAAAUUGACGAACAAAAAAUGACACAAAUUUCUGUCGUUUUUUAUUUGAAUGCAGUUUCUAUGAUGAAUAUUGAAAAGAAUAAUUUUUAAACAUUUUUUAUGUGUGAUACCGCAUCCUCUAGAGUUGAGGAGUCGAGCGACGAGUUAAAAAAAAUUGGGAUAACGCUGUAUUUAGAGGAUUGAAGCAACGAAAUAAAUGGUCACUUCUCCCAUGACUAUUUUAGGAGCCAUGAAAACUUUUGCUAGUUUUCAGGAGAUGUGAAUCUUUCGUUUAAUUCUUUUUUCUACCAUCCACAGAAACAUUAUCAUCGCAAUGUACUUCGAAACGUAUGCUUAAUCGCGAUCAAUUUCUGUUCCCUUCGUUCGUCAAUUUAUACGCCAUAAUCAGAAAAACUAGAUCAACCAAUUCAUUUGUUUCUCAAAUAAGAAUUCAAAUUUGAAGUGCUCGACUGGUGCAUUAAAUCCACUGCAUCACAGAAUAAAAUUGAGCGUUGACUUUUUUCGUGUCAAAUGAAAAUGAAAUAAUAAAAAAGACCGAGUUUGCAAUGUAAAAGAAAAAAUAGAUACAAUUACGAGAGAAAUUUGCGUAUAUUUUUGUUCGUUUUUGCACUUUUCCGUAUUGUCACGUGUGGAAAAGUUAUAAAACUAAUAAUCGAAUAAAAAUAUGGAAAUCGUCAGUGAGGAGAAUUUCCAUUGCAAAUUUCGUGUUUUCGAGAAUGAACUUUUGUAAAAAAAAGAAAAAAAAACAACAAUGAACGGCUUAUAAAAACGACAGGAAUAGAAUUAGGGAGAAAAAAAAACAAUAUCAACUAUUAUCCAAAGGCUUGGUAUGUACAUGUAUCAUAGCUAAAGUUGAAAAAUAUUCCAAGAGUGGAGAGAAAGAGAGAAAAAAAACGUUUACGCGAGUUCGUGUACCGUUUCGUUUGCGUAUAACGAGCAACAGCAAUCUCUUAUCUGUGGUAUUCGAUUCCAAUAACGAAAUAAGUGUUUUGUAUCGAAAUAAAAUGGAUGUUCCUUGAACAAAUUAAA